AUGAGCAGGGCACCAUUGUUGUCAAAACCACUUCCCGAGGAAGUUCUCCUCUUCUCCCUUUCGGUAUCAAGCACUGCCGUUAGUUCGGUAUUGAUACGGAUGCCGGAGAAAGCAGAGCUUCCAAUUUUUUAUGUCAGCAAGGCUCUUCAAAGCGCGGAACUUCGGUACCCACCCUUGGAGCAGCUGGCACUUGCCCUUGUUGUCUCGGUACGAAGGCUCCACCCAUACUUCCAAGCACACGAAAUCACGGUACUGACCAAUCAGUCCCUUCAGCAGGUACUUCAAAAGUCAGAAACGUCCGGGAGGUUGGUCAGGGGGGCGAUCGAGCUCGGAGAAUUUGACAUACAGUUCAAGCCAAGGCCUGCAGAGAAAGGUCAAGCCGUCGCCGACUUCAUCUCCGAGCUCACAUCUGCGCCGUUGGAAGCACUCUGUCCGAACGAUGUUAUUACAGAACCAAGAAACAUGGAUGCCGAUCGUAUUGAUCAUUCGGUACCUCUGUGGAUCUUGCAUAUCGAUGGCUCGGCAAACCAACAAGGCUGUGGAGCUGGUUUGGUGUUGACUACUCCAGACGGGUGCAAAGUCGAAUAUGCCCUCCGAUUCAACCUCAGAACCUCUAACAACGAGGCGGAGUAUGAGACUCUCUUGGCGGACCUUCGGCUAGCCAAGAGCAUGAGCGCCAAACAAAUCAGCAUUCACAGUGACUCCUAG